AAACACUGUGCGAGCAAUUCUGGACUUCUAUCCGGUGUAUAAGGAAAUCGAUGCAACAGUAAGCGAGUGCUUGGUGGAACCGAUGUUUACUUCAUUAAAUGAACUGGUUCGAGACGAAGCCGAUGAAAAAGAUGUUGAGGCGGCCGCAGAAAUGUUCCUCGAUCAUGGCAGCAUGUUACAAAAAAUCAGACCUGGCCAAUGCGACAGUUUAUUAAUGGCUUUACGAGCGCAUCUCUGCGAUAGUCCUCUCAGAUCGGCAACAAGACGACUAGUACUGCAGGUACGCACUCAAAGUAACUUUCAGCAUUUCACUGCAGUGCUCUUCAAUCACAGCAGAGUCUCAUUAAGAACGGCCAAAUAAGA